UAAAUCAAUUCGCGGUUAUCAUUCCCAGUCAGUUUCGUAUCACAUCUCAACCAGAAUGGAAGUCAAUAUCCUUUAUCUAGCAGUGGUAGUAGCGCUUCUUGGCUUUCUGUACCGCUGGAUAACGCGCAAUGAUGACUACUUUCACGAUAAGCCGAUCCCUUCGAUGGCAGUGCGGCCUUUCUUCGGAGCUUCUGCAUCGCUCCUGUUCAGGAAGGUCAGCUUCCCGGACUUCAUCCACUCGUUGUACAACAAAUACCCAGGAGUCAAAAUCUUCGGAAUGUUCGAAACGAUCACGCCGUUCUUUGUGAUCCGCGAUCCGGAGCUGAUCAAGCAGAUCGGCAUCAAGGACUUCGAUUACUUUGUGGACCAUCGGCCCACUUUCGGAGUGGACGAUAAGCAGAGUGGCAAUCAUCCGAAUGCUCUGUUCCGGAAGACCCUGUUUUCGAUGACCGGCCAGCGAUGGAAGGAGAUGCGAGCGACGUUGAGCCCGGCCUUCACCGGAAGCAAGAUGCGACAGAUGUUCUCGCUCAUGACUGAAUGCUGCGGCGGAAUGAUGCAACACUUUUUGGAGAAGUCGAAGAGUACCGGCCGAGUGGAAGUCGAGAUGAAGGACCUGUUCGGCCGGAUCAGCAUGAACGUGAUCGCUUCGUGUGCCUUCGGGAUAACAGUGGAUUGCUUGAAGGAACAGGAACAUGAAUUCCUGUACCACGGAAGAAAGAUGAUGGACUUCUCGAGGCCGAUUGUGAUCGUAAGGAUGAUGGCGAUGCGCAUUUUUCCGAAACUGGCUUCCCGGUUCGGCAUCGAUCUGCUGGAUCGAGAACAGGCUGAAUACUUCUCACAGCUUUUCCGGGAGACGAUCAAGGCCCGCGAAAGCCAAAAAAUCGUCAGACACGAUAUGAUCGACCUGCUGCUGCAAGCUCAAAAGGGUACGCUGAAACAUCAGAAGGAGAAGGAUGAUCAGGAAGGAUUCGCCACCGUUCAGGAAUCGGACGUGGGCAAAGUGGAAAUAUCUAGUAAGAUGACGGAAUCGGAAAUGAUCGCGCAGUGUUUGAUAUUCUUCCUAGGUGGAUUCGAUACGGUGUCGACUUGUGCCAUGUUCAUGGCCUACGAGUUGGUUCGCAAUCCAGAGGCUCAACAGAAACUAUACGAGGAAGUUCAGCAGACAGCCAAGGAACUCGAAGGAAAGCCGAUCACCUACGACGUGUUGCAGAGGAUGAAGUACAUGGAUAUGGUCGUUUCGGAAACCUUGAGAAUGUGGCCCUUGGCUCCGGCUACCGAUCGCCUGUGCGUACGGGACUACACGAUCGACGAUGGCCAGGGUCUGAAGUUCACGAUCGACAAGGGAACGUGCGUGUGGUUCCCGGCAGCUGGUUUGCAUUUCGAUCCGCAAUAUUUCCCUAAUCCGGAGAAGUUUGACCCGGAACGGUUCAAUGACGAAAACAAACGGAACAUCAACCUGGGAGCGUACCUUCCGUUCGGAAUUGGUCCCCGGAACUGUAUCGGAUCGAGAUUCGCUCUGAUGGAGGUCAAGGCCUUCAUGUAUUUCAUUCUGCUGAAGUUCUCGUUGGAACGGGGGGAAAAGACACAGAUUCCGCUCCAGCUUAAGAAAGGCUUCACCAAUUUGGGACCGUUGAACGGAAUGCAUGUGGUGUUGCGGGUGCGGCAAUAAUUAGAUAAGAUUGUUGAAACCAAGGUUAUCAGUAGGUGUGUUUAUCAAU